CGCUGCGGCCCCGGUCCGGGACAGGCGGCACCCACGUGUCCCGGGGGAGCCACGGUGGCCGUGCCCGUCCGGUGGCUGUGGCAGCGCGGCAGCCGGAGGCAGCACGGUGCCGCUCGGCCCCAGCAACAUGUCCCAGCCGCCCUCCAUCACCCUCCGCGUUCCCGAGGACACCGAGAGCAAUGGCCAGGAGCCGAGCCCGGACUCCGAGGGAGCUCUGCACACCUCCUUUCAACAACUCAUCCAGGAGCAGAGCAGCCUAAUGGAGGCGAGCCUGAAGCUGGAAAUGCAAGAGAGGGGCAGAGAGACCCCAGCCCACCUGCCUCCCCCAGAUUUCUGUGCCAUUGGCUCACCCGGGCAGGGUGAGCAGCAUCUCGGGUACUCCUCCACCUCCCUGCAGAUCCUCGCCACCAUGCCCAGCCGCACCAUCGGACGCAGCCGCGGGGCCAUCAUCUCCCAGUUCUACAACCGCACUGCUCGGCUGCGGCACCGGAGCAGCCGCCCCCCCCUGCACCAGCUCUGCCGUGUGGCACGGACCAGCUUCUGGCAGUACGACCUGGAGAACGACCCUGACAGGGCCACGCUGGAGGACAAGCGCAGAUUGCUGGUGAAGGAGCUGCUGAGCCUCUCGCCCAGCCAGCGCAGCCACAUGCUGCUCACUGUGCCCCUCAGCCUGGCAGAGAAACACUUCCUCCGGCAGGAGCUGAGCAGGCAGAGGGGACCCCUGGGCCAGCACACCCAGCACCGAACCCCCUCUUAUCCUUGUGGAGGGUCCAAGGACUACAUCGUCCUUGGCCUGCGGUGUCUCUGGUACAGGCUCCUCACCCUGCUCCCAGCUGCACAGCCCUGGCACUACUCCCUGAAGGAGAUCAGCGGGCGCUUCGGCUCCAGUGUCCUGUCCUACUUCGUCUUCCUCAAGACACUCCUUAUGUUCAACAUCUUCCCAUUUCUCAUCCUUCUGGUCUUCGUGGUGGCCCUGCAGGCUGCCUAUCCCCCAGCCUCAGCCACCCCCCAGCCCUUCACUGGCCUCGAGCUCCUCACCGGAGCGGGCUACUUCACUCACUCGCUGCUAUACUAUGGCUACUACAGCAACAUCACCCUUAAUGAUCCCUGUGCCUCCAGCCCCAACAGCAGCAUGUGCCCCCUUGCAGCCCCCUGGCUCCCAUACAACAUGUCACUGGCCUAUGUCUUCAGUGUUGGCAUCUCCUUCCUGGUCACCUGUAUCCUGCUGGUGUACAGCAUGUCCCGCUCCUUUGGGGAGAGCUACCGCGUGGGCAGCUCCACGGGGGACGUGGCCGUCAAAGUCUUCUGUGCCUGGGACUUCAAGGUGAUCCAGAGGCACUCGGUGAAGCUGCAGUGUGAGAACAUCUACACACAGCUGAAGGAGGUGCUGGCGGAGCAGCGAUCCCGGUCCCACCACCGGAGCCUCUGGCAGUGCCUGGGGCACUCUGCUGUGCUGCUCCUCUCCUGGGCCCUCUCACUGAGCACGGUGCUGGGCUGCGUAUUGGCUGUGCACCACUUCUCAGAGCACAUGCACAUGGUUCAGCAGGACCAGCAGGCACGGGGCAGCAGCCAGAGGCAGCAGGAAGCCAUCCUGCUGGUCCUACCCUUUGUGGUGUCUCUGCUCAAUGUGCUUAUGCCCCACCUAUACAACUUGCUGGCCCUGUGGGAGAAGCAGGACUUGCCUGUGACACAGCUCUAUGUGGCAAUCUGCAGGAACCUCAUUCUGAAGAUGGCGGUCCUUGGUCUGCUCUGCUACCAGUGGCUCAGCCGGAGAGUUGUCUGUUCAACAGCGGAGUGCUGGGAGACAUGUGUGGGGCAGGACCUGUAUCGCUUCGUGGUGAUGGACUUCAUCUUCACCCUGCUGGACACACUCUUUGGAGAGCUGGUGUGGAGGCUGAUCCUGGAGAAGAGACUGAAGAGAAAGCAGAGGCCUGAGUUUGACAUUGCCCGGAAUGUGCUGGAGCUGAUCUACGGGCAGACCCUGACCUGGCUGGGUGUUCUCUUUGCACCGCUCCUGCCGGCUGUGCAGACACUGAAGCUGCUGCUGCUGUUCUACAUCAAAAAGACCAGCCUGAUGCAGAACUGCCAGUCCCCCAGCAAGCCCUGGCAGGCAUCUCACAUGCGCUUGGUUUUCGUCUCCCUGCUGUGCUUCCCGUGCUUCCUGGGGGCAGCUGUCUUCCUCUCUUACACCAUCUGGUCGGUGCGGCCAUCAGAGACCUGUGGUCCCUUCCAGGGGCUAGAAACCAUUUACAAGUCAGGGAAGACUUGGGUGCAAGUGUUGGAGAAGUCUAGCCCAAAUAUCACCUGGUUCACCUGGGUCCACCAGCACCUGGUGGAGAGCCCCUUCCUUCUGUUUGUUGUGUCUGCAGUCCUGCUAGCUGUGAUCUACUUCAACAUCCAGGUGGUGAGAGGCCAGAGGAGGAUCAUCUGCCUGCUGAAGGAGCAGAUUGCCAAGGAGGGGGAAGAUAAAAUAUUUCUUAUUCAGAAACUUCACUCUGUUUACGAGUACAGAGAGAGACACGCCUGAGCCCCAGCCACUGCAGUGCUCGAAACAGCAGGACUGUGGGGUGCUGGGGAAGAUCCUCUCCUCUGGGUUGCAACAGCCAAGGAACCACUGG